AUGAAUCCUAACAAAAAUUUACCUAUAGUGAGAUUAAAAUUUAAAUGCCCUCCAGAUUGUGUCUGUAAGUCAACUGAAAUAAGAAAUUGGUAUCAUGGUAAGUGCUGCCAGCCAUCAUUUAUAACAUCAAAAGGCGAUAUAUUUUGCGAUUAAGAAGGCUGCUCGCAUUAUUUCAUUAAAGAUGCUAGGUUUUAAUGCCAAAAAGCAUAAAAAGAUAAAACCUAUUAUCAAUAUAAAAGUAUAUCCGAAUUUCUAAUGGCUAUUUCGUUGGCAAUGUAAGCAAGUGAUUAUGAAAUCAAAAGUGAGUUAGAAAAAUAGAAUUUUUCAAAAGAUCUCCUUCAAGGAGUUUUAGAAAGAUGGAAUUAUUGA